CAUCCACCAGCCUCACGCUGGACGCAUCUAUAUGACAUUCUCGAUGCGGCGCGAAGCACGGACCAGCAGGUGCUGAAGCGCUCCUGAAGACGAGACGUCGCUUGUCGCAUCACUGGCUCUCAAGCAGCACAAGCUGGCUGUGCUGGCUGAGCAGUCCCAUGCCCCCUAGAGAUCCGGCGAGAUCUUCAAGACGCCCUGCUGUAAAGCACAUCAUCCACUGCCAAUUUCGAAGCCGAGCCGAGCAGUUCAAACAUGUCGCAAGGUGCAAAUCAAGACGCAAAUGAUGGGCAAAUCUGGCCACACUUUCCGCGUAUCGCCCUCUCCCUCGAGCUGGAAAAUAAGGGCAGCGUGGCCAGAGAUCACCUUGCGCUUGAACGUACAUUCUUGGCCUGGCUGCGAACGUCUUUGGGUCUAGUCUCUAUUGGAAUCGCAGUAGCGCAGCUCUUGCGCAUUCCAUCCCUCGCAAGCUCACCGCCCAAAGCUUUCUACUCCUCUGACAACAACAUCUAUCAGAUUCAACAGCCUCAGCAGCAAAUACUCGAGGCUCUGCGUUCAAGCGAUGCCUCCGUACCGCAGGACACCUUCACAAGAGAAGAAGUGAUGCGCAUGCUCCAACUCGCAUCGACGCAAGACCCUUCCAUCACUCCCGAAAAGCUUGGCAAGCCGAUCGGAUGCGUGUGCAUAGCCCUGGGUGCGCUCAGUCUGCUCUUCGGCACGUAUCGCUUCUUCAAAGCGCAGCGCAGUCUGAUCCAAGGCAACUUCCCACCAUCUCGCGCUUCCGUUUCCAUCAUGGCUUUCCUCACCGCAGCGCUCAUCGUCUCUUGCUUCAUCGUCAUCGUAUACACACGCUCUUCUUACACUGGCUCCCGCUCCUUGAGCUGGCUCCUGUACCCAUACUGAAAAGCAGCAUUCGCACGUCGCCGCGUCGUCUCCACGAGGCUUCAAUCGCGUAGACCCGAGUCUUGAACAUGCGGAAAGAGGCGCAUACAUUGCGAAACAUCGGCCAACACAGCAGCAGUGCGUGAGCGCAACCACGAAGAUAUGCAUCAGG